GAAUAUUGUUAUCUAGAGUCUGGGGAGGAGGUUGUAUUGUAAACAAAACGCGCCAAACUAGGAAGUAAAUUUUUUAAGUUGAAAUAUCAAAGAAUAGGAUUUUUUUUUUUUUUAUUUUUAGAAAAGAAUAGUCAGAUGAAGAGAUGCAAAUUUUUACGAAUUUUCUCUUCCUUCUUUUACUUCAACUAUACUUUGUGUCGCACAAUGCUUUGAAAUUGAAAGCUUCAGCUGAAAGCUCACAAGAUGUAGUUUUAUCAAGACAACGAAGAUCUGGAAACCAGUUACGGAAAAACGGGAAAAAUGUUUGUGUAUUUCGUGAAACAAGAACAAUAUACGAAAAUGUUCAAACGACCGUGACUGAGACUUUCGAGAAAGAAGUAUGCUGCAAGGAUUUUAUCAGGUGCUGGAAGAAAUGCAAACGUACAGGAGUUAUUACAAAGACUUUGUUGAAAACUAUUUCAAGACUUAAAGAUUAUGAAGUUUAUCAUUGCUGUAAAGGAUGGUCAGUUAUUGAUUCAACACACGACGACUGCCAAAAGCCUGUUUGCAAUCCUUACUGCAGAAAUAAUGGACUUUGCACUGGACCAAAUUAUUGUUCUUGCAAAUCUGGUUUUACUGGUCGAUUUUGCCAACUUGAUGUGGAUGAAUGUACAUUGGGAAAACCAUGUGAACAGUCUUGUAUUAACCUUCCUGGAACUUAUCAGUGCUUGUGUAAUAAAGGUUAUAGACAGGGUGAUCCAGAAAGUAAAUCAUGCACUGAUAUUAAUGAGUGCCUGCUGUCACCAUGCAAGUGUGCAAGUGGAGGUGCUGAAUGUAAUGCUCAGUGUGUUAACACAGUUGGUAGCUACCGCUGCACAUGUGGAGGAAACUUUCGACUAGCCAGGAAUAACCUUUGUACUGAUAAAAAUGAGUGCUUAGAAAAUCCAGACAUAUGUCCACAUGCUUGUGUUAACACUAAUGGUGGCCAUCAAUGUAGAUGUUUCCAAGGAUUUGAUUAUGACCCUGCAAAACAGCAAUGUGUGGCAAAAAACUUUUGUGAUGGAUAUCAAAGUGGGUGUGAACAUGGAUGUCAACCUGUAUUUGGUGGAUUUGUAUGUACAUGUAAAUCGGGGUACUAUUUGCAUUCAGAUAAAUACAAAUGUAUUGACAUAAACGAAUGCGCUGCUGGAAUGAACCCUUGCGAUCCACAAACAAGCACAUGUCGAAACACGCCAGGGGGAUAUCAUUGUGUUUGUAAAGGUGGAUUCUUUAAAAGUGGCAUCAUUUGUGAUGAUCGAAACGAAUGCGAGGAGAAAACAGCGCUUUGUGAGCAGAAAUGUCUCAAUAAUUUUGGUUCUUACACUUGCGGUUGUGAGAAAGGUUUUACAUUGAACGCGGAUGGAAUUACAUGUGAUGACAUCGAUGAAUGUGCUGCGGGAAAGACUUACUGCAGUCAGCGUUGUGUAAAUUCUAUUGGUUCAUUUGCUUGCGCAUGCAAUCCUGGAUACACUCUAGAUGUUGACAAAAAGACAUGUCAUGCAAAUCCUUGCAAGGAAAUGAUUGAUCCGUUCUUUGGUAAGGUCACUUGUAACGGCUAUGUUGUUGGAAAGAAAUGCACAUUCACAUGCGACACUGGCCAUCAACUGUCCGGUCCUCAUGAAAGAACUUGCGAAACUUCAGGGAAGUGGUCAGGAAGAGAAUCCAAAUGUUUACCAAAGAACUGUGCAGCUCCAACCCCUCCCAGCAAUGGCAAAGUUACGCUGCCAUGUGAGCUAAGCUACGGUGCCACUUGUCCAAUCACGUGUUUGGAAGGUUAUAUUUUACGCGGGAAAGAAUUCAUGAAAUGCGAUAUAGUGUAUGGACGAUUGAAGUGGGAUAUAAGAAACAUUAAAUGCGAAGAGAUACUUGUCUGCAAGCCUAAUCCGUGCUUGAAUAACGGUGUGUGCUCAAUAGUGACCGACACUAAGUAUAUCUGUAAUUGCACCUCGACCGGGCACAGUGGCAAAAAUUGUGAGAAACUUAUUGUGGAAGUACCAAUGAUGCCAAAAUUGCCAGCGAACACAACAUCUUCGGCCCUGUCAUUCUCAUCCAAACCUUUACGUUCGGUAAAAAUCAAUAUUUAUCCUGAACAUCCAGACAUUGUCUUUAGUAGCUCAUCAGUAGAGUUGACAAAAUUUCAAAACAAAAAGAAAGUUACUCUGCGAUCUGGCAUAACAGGUUUGAGAUGGGUAGCAUACGAGAUUACGUCAACUGAACCUACCGAACAUGUGACUGAUGGUUUGAUGUUUUUCCACACAACUGGUUCUUUACCAGAGUUACCAGGAAACAGCUUGCUAGGUCUGGCUAAAGAUUGUUAUAAUGUCAUCGUGAAGCCAAAGAGUUGCUCAAAUAUUGGAUUCAGAUUUUCUUCAACAGCGUGGUGGUCUUCAAGAAGCGGUGGCUUGGUUAGCACGGACGGUACUGUUUUUGUUGAUAUUAAUGCAAUCACAUUUCCGGUUGCUUUACCCAAGAUCCUAACAACCGAUCUGUUUUACGACUUCAAACACGCGGCGGAAAUAGGAAUAUCGCAACAGCCGAAGACUAGCACUUGUCGAGAAUCUUAUUUAUCUAAUGGUCAACUUCAGUACAGUGUUUUAAAUGAUCUCUUUGUUAAAGACUUUAUCAAACAAUACAAUCAACUGACGCCGGCCUGGUUUACACUUUCGGUUGAAGGCUCACUGAGAUAUAUCCACGCCGACAACAUACGGACCUACAUCUGGACGGGAGCACGUGUGAAACAGGAAGCGGCUUGUGCAGGAGCUGCUAUUGAUGAAGAAUCUUUUUUCUUAGUUUAUCUUCAUCAUGAGAAAUUAUCCCUGAAAGUUUAUGAAAAAAACAUUAUCAUGAAAACAGGGGGUAAGUUCUGUUUUUUGAUUGAUAUGUGUAAAGCAGAACCACACCUUGUUAUACCUCCUGAUAAUCAUGGACAUCUUGAAACUGUAUUCUCAUUCGCGGAGUUGCAGUCUCUUGGAUGGACAAUUAAUGUUAAGUCGGUUGGCUUUCGAAAAUCAACUAGUCGGGAUAAACGAAAGUGUAGAAACCCCACAGAGCUACAAGUGGCGUUUGGUUCCGCUAGAAUUGAAUAUAAACACAAGUCGUAUGUCCGUGGUGGUGCUCAGGGUAAUCUCUUCAUGCAGUUGGUGAACAAAAACGGUAAACAGGAAAUUUCAUCGCUUAAUCAAUGCUUUGAUGGAAAGUCACGUUUCGAUACACCUGCUUGGUACACAGCCGACACGAAACAAAAGCGAUACACGAAACAAGCGCCUGCCCAUAAUGUCGUAAAGAGUCGCACAUCUCGUCCUAAACCUAAACACGACGUGUUAACAAUCAUCCAAGGUAAAAACUCUGUCUUCCAGAUGAAGACUGGCUUGCGUCCUGUGUUAAAGAAAGCCGGAGACCAGCUUCACUUAAAUUUCAUGUACAAAGAAACAAAAGCAAAAUCAACGGGCACAGGAGAUAAAAAUUUUGAAAAGAUCACAGCUCUUCAAAUGAUUCAAAUUCCUUUAAUGGAUUUAGAAUCAGCUAUGAUGUCUAUUUUUGUUACAACAGAACCUCUGUUUACCAGGCUGUCAAAAUUUCAACAGUUUGUGGCUGAUUGGAAUUCGGAAAUAUUUAACGAUGUCAAUGAAUUGAUGAUAAAAGUGGGCGAUUCGAAUUUUGUUUUGUCUAAGAUUAGAACUCAUUAUUACAAAACUGGUCCUGCCGUGGUUGAACUUACUAAGCUGAUAGCGUCACUUAAGGCGGACAAGUUAAAUAACAUUGACCCGUCGUCGAUCACAACAAUGGAAUCUGCAUUGUCGUCUCUGAAGAUCAUUUUAGCAGAUUUAAAGAAAUUUGCCGUUAUCAAAAAGCCGACGAAAGACUUCACGUACCUAACGUUGAAUUUCGCUGCAAGCAUGUGUAUGUUUCGUCCUUGCAUGGAGUCAACCAACGUCACAUUAUAUCCUGCCAAAUAUGACUUAAAGUUAGCUGGCUUGUGUCACGAUCUAUCGAAGGGGCCUUACGACAUGUGGCAAACGGAGGUGAUUGUGAAUGAACACAAAACAAUGGGAAACUUUUUCAACUUUAGAUUGCAUGAUAAAAUGUUUAUUUGUUUAUCUAAAGAUGGUGUCAAAGUUGCUAAGAUCCAAUCCGGUAUCAAAAUUCUAGGAAAUGAAAUUAGAGAUGUAUUUAUCUUAGAAUAUAAAAGAAUUGUCAUUCCAAAGAAAACUAUUCGAUUGUUCGGAAAGUAUGAUUUUAUCGUUAAUAGUACGGUCAAUUUGGAAUUGAACAAUUGGGAUGUGGCGAGUGUUAGAUCGUACGGGUACGCGAACGUGGGUUCAUCUUCAUUAAUUAGUAAUUUGCAGACCAAGUUAGACACAUUUAUUACUGAAGAAUAUUACAAGUUACGUAAGCGCUUGCACGUGGCGCAGAAUACAAUCACAGAAAUGACAGGAAAGAUACACUUUUAUACCAACAAAAUCAAACAAGAUCAAAAAGCUGUAGGCAACAUGAAAACGGAUUUAGCUGACAAAAAAUCGAAACAUAAGUGGGCAGUGGAAAACUUCAAGGCUUUCGAGACUACUUACACGCGUAACAGAGUGAAAAUGAUAGCUAUCGAAAACGCAGUAAAAAAUCGAUGCACGAUAAAAUCUUGUCCGUUCACUUGCGCAAAAAUACCAAAAUGCACGGUAUGUCAGAAACCAUGGAUGGUGAACAAAACCGUACCGCUUUGUAAAGUGACGCUUGAGGAUCGUAGGUACGGUUAUCUAAAAAGUCAGCAGGAUGUCUGUUCUCAUACUGUGCAAGAUCGAACGUUAAAGUACACUGGAACUUGCAAGCAACCGGCCCCUGAACCUGGUUACGCCCAAAACGUUAUUGAUCGAUUAAACGGUAAAAUUAACAAAAACGAAUCGCUAACGUUAGAAGAUGCGUACUUGUUGGAAUCGAUAAAUCCCGAAGCUGGAAAAAAAUUAAUUGAUCAGAUUGAAAAGAAAAUGUUUUUUGAUAGCUUUCCACGCCGUCUCCAAAACGUACUGCUUACAGAAGAAGAGUUUAACAAACUCGAAUCGUACACGAAUAAAACGUUUGCCGAUAAAAUACGGAAACGAAUGAAGACGAUAAAGAACGCAAAAAUAAUGAAUCGUAUUAUGAUUAAAUUGAACAUGAGUGAACCCUUAACCGAAGAAGACUAUCAAAGUUUACGAAUGAUCGAUCCACAACUGGAGAAAAAUGUCCGUAAAAGCCAGGCCAUUGCGGAAAUCACGAAGAAAAUACAAUUAACGGGAAAUGUGACAGAAGAAGAUCUCGAAAGGUUACGAAAAAUUGCGCCGGAAUAUUCAAAAAACUUAACAGCGUUGAUUGAAAAGCAGGAGUAUGAGAAGAAAGUUUUAGCGCAUAUUCAAAAAAGGAUGGCAAACGGCUCAUUGAGCCCUGCUGACAUUAAAAAAUUAGAAGCUAUAAAUCCGACGGCUGCCGAAAAACUCAAAGCAGCUCUGAAGGAGCAACUAGAACAAAAGGUUAAGGAAAUGGAGAGCAAACUUAAUACAGUCAAAGGAGCUCUCGAUCAAGGACUGAAUAACAGCGAGUUCAAGAAUUUACAAGAUCAGUUAAAUACUCUCUCAGGAUCUUUAAAGCCAUACGACAGAGACACGUUGAAAAAAUUACAAGAGAAGAUUCUCGCGAAUAACGAAACGUCUGGCUCUAUUUUUGAGGAAGUGUUUGAAAGGUUGGAUUUAGGUUAUGAUAUCAAGAAUAUCACCGGGAACUCUGCUGAUAUCCAACGUGUGUUGCAGCAUUUCUUUGCCGUGCUGCCGAAGUUUGACAUUCCUAGCAUUCUUCAACGAAGCGCAGUUGGCGUUUUAAAAGGUCUUCAGAAUGUACAGGAGUGGUUUCAAAUGGCAGGCAAAAUUGUAGCCCAAGCUUGUACGAGAUGUGGUACAGCAUGCACUAAAGACAAUUCAUUGAAACAGUUAUUAAAUACAUUAAAUCAGCACCUAAAAUCCUUUGAUUCUAAAAUUUGCAAAACAGCAUGGACCGAUGGUGUGAAAAUAGAUUCAGUAAAGGAGAUUUGCGCCAUUUUGUCCAAGGUGCAAUCUUUUGUUAAUGGCGUGCAAGCUGUGAAAACCACACAAUGUCACAAUAUCGAAACUACAGUAAUCACACCUUUAAAACAAAUCGUUGGAAAAUGGAAAGACGCCAGAAAAGCGAUGGAGGCUUUAAGCAGUGACCAAUGGAAAAAACAUCCAAAGACAGUUGCAAUGUUUAAAGAAUAUAACGACUUUGCUACUAAGCUUCGUUCUGCAUUUUCCACCGAGUUGGGAAGUGUUAAGAUUUCUCUCCUAACUGAAGAGGAAGUCAUCGCAGAGGUAGAAGCGUCGUUGAAAGAUGAUAAUUCAACAGUGAGCAUGGCACAGUUCGAAGUACUGAACGCUAUUUUGACAAAUGUUGUUAGCGGGAUUGAGAAUUUACCGAAUUUAGUAAAACAAAAUAGAAAAACUACAGUCUCUGUUUCUACAAAUGAAGCUAACGGUAUCGUUGGUGAAUUCAAAAAACUCAUUGAACGCGUUUUAUCCUCCUUGAAUCAACUCUGCACAGAUAAAAGGCCGGAUAGUAAUCCGAAAUUCCGAGCAAUGCCUAUUUUAAUAACAAACUCGGAAGCACAACUCAAAUUGUUUUUAAAUUCCAAAACCUUGCCUGACUUACUAAAAUACGCUCAGCGUUUUAACCAGUUCGCGAAGAACAUGAUCAUUUUUAUGAACGAAGUAAAAGCAUCUCUACUACCGUGCACGUUACGUAAUGGGAAAAUAAAUGUUGAUCAAACAGAAGUUGCUGAUUCAGCGUUAAACGAGUUGAGACUACUUAUGGCUAACGUAAAACCGUUAUCGAGGCGAAGUAUUCGAGAUUAUGCUGAUGAUAUUAAAAAAUUGAUGAGCGGUUUUAAAAAUGGUAUUUCAAGCCCGGUUGGAAGAUUAAUUGACCUCAUGUCAAGAUUUAUUGACGACUCUCCGCCAUUUAACAUCCCAGUGAUGCUCUCCCUCGCUCCGAAAGUUUCUAAAAUAACAUUUACCACUUUACAUGAACAUUUCGAUUCAAUGAAGAAGUUUUUCGAUGGUAUUGUUGACGUUUUGGAAAAAUGCGAUGAAGACGAUUGCAAUUCGAAAGAUGUGUUCGGUAAAACAAAUCUUAUAGCUAUCGCUGCAAAACUGGACAAGUAUUUAAAACCGAUUUCUCAAAAUGUGACACGAUUUAUUGAAACAAUCAAGUUUAGUCCGAAAGGACUGCCUCUUUUUGUAGCAUCAAUGGAGGAGAUACGUACUGCACUACAAACUUUAUCUCGAAGUGAAACCGGAUUCUCUAAAGAAGGUAUCAAAAAUAUUGUGAAUGCUUUUAAAGACGGGAAGGAGAGCGUAGAUACCAUCAAAAAUAGCACAAGAGAUUUGUACAGCUCCAUCGCAGGUGUUUUAAACGAAGAUAUCAAAGCAUUUAAAAACACACUCUCGAACAUUGGGGAUACCAUUUUAAAAUUGUUUACACGCUCCAAAGGAAAGCUACAGAAUAUGAAAUUAAUAUACGAAAAAGUUCAAAAGUCAAUCGAACAACUAUCCAACCUUCCUGCAGAUAGCGAUAUACAAAAAGGAGCGUUAGAAAGACGCCUGGAACUAGUGCAGGAUUCUACCUCUAUUGUGCGAGAUGUUGGCGCGCAAUUUGAAGUGAUGUAUUCCAUGGGUUUAAACUCUGAAAUGGUCAAUUACAUAGACGUACAAUACGCGCCAAAAAUUGCGUCACAGUUGAAUCAUGUUCGGAAUAGCGGCGGCAAAAUUUUGAAUAACACAAGAAAUAUUGUGGAGGAUAUCGGCAUAGAUCUGCCACUGCUCGACGAAGCUACUAUAUUCGGUGUGGAUGUGUCGAAACUGAUCACAGACAUGGUCGCCUCUAUGGGUAACCAGAAAACAAGAUUGGCUAAAUCGCUGACGUCAGCAUCUCAAUCCAUUUCAAACGCUUUGGAAAGUUUUUCAAAGACCGCAGAAAGAGUCAUUAACGAUAUAAUCGGGGGUGUUGAGAAAUAUCGGGAUGCGUACGAAAGGUUGAAACAAAAGUUAAAAAAAUACGGCGAUAUGUUCGACGAGGUCGAGAGUACGCUGAAAGAACUGAAAGACAAACCGUUAUCAAAAAUAGGGGAAAUCAAGAAUGCCGCUGAUGAACUUGUGGAUUCGAUAAAAGAGUAUGAUUUGACGAAAAUUCUGUCUGCCGACCCUAAGGUUAUACCUCGGAAAGUGGAAGAAAUGCAAAAACUGUUUACAAGUACAGGGACAGCUUUUAAAGAAAUUGACGAUAUUCUGAAAAAAUGUAAAACAUGCAAAGUGGAAAGAAUAUUUGGUUAUAAUUAUCUCAAGUCGGUGGCCGAUAAACUGGAACGUACCUUUAGCUCAAUGCUAAAGAAAAUAGAAGUUUAUGCUGAUAAAGUAGGUGAUACAGUUGGCGAGCUUCAACAUGUUAAAUCUGCUGCUAAGAAUAUGAAAAACAUGUUUCGAAAAAUAAUCGAUAAAAAAUCGUUUGGCGUCGAUACUCUGAAAGAACUAUCAGAUGCGUUGUUCAAAUCAACCAAUGAGAUCACAGCAAUUCAAAAUGGAACGGUGAAUGUUGUGAAAAUCUUAUUGGACAAAGAUGUAGACCUGCAGGUAAUAGGUGGAACAAUUAAUAACAUCAUUAAUCAAUUUGGUCACGUGAUGAAUAAGUCGCAUGACGUCGCCAAGAAAGGCGAGGGCGUUUACAAAAAGGCGUUAGAGUUGCGCUUGGUAAUUGACGAUUUGACAAACAAUGCGAGUGGACUCUCCGAUGGACCUAUACGGAAAAGAAUCGACCUGGCGAGAAGUUUAGCACUCAAUACAAAAGAUUUGAUGAAGGAAUUUCCAAAAUUAUUUAGUUUGUCAAGAGAGACUUUAGAAUCCGCUGGCUUAAGUGGCAACUGGCUGAAACGAUUUGGAUCAAAUGUUGAAGAUCUCACAAACUCUUUAGGUUCGCUGCUGGACAAAACAGAUCGUGUUCUGAAAGCGACUGAUGUGGUUGUGGAAGGUGUUCAAGACAUUCGUACUCAGCUCCCUGUUGUAAAAGACGGCUUCAAAAAGCUUUCAGAUGCACCAUGGGAUCAGAAAAUCCCAGCAAUUCAAGAAGUUGCUAAAAAUAUUGGAAAUGUCUUUGAUGUGGCAAUCGAGACAACGAUAAAGAGCGCGAAUGCUUUGAAUUAUAGUUUAACUAGAAACGAUUUAAAAUCUGCUCUUGAAACUGUCGUUGGAAAAAGUCGACUUGACAAAUACCGCGGACUCUACAAAAAUGUCUCGACAGCUAUGGUUAAAUUGCAGAACGGCCCAAUAGUUGAAAUCGGCAAAUUGACGGACUCGGUCGAAAAUUUUGUGGAAGGGCUUGAGGAAUUUGAGUUUGGGAAAAUGCUGCUGCACAAUCCUGCAAGUUUGAAGCAAAAACUUGAAGAGUUUCAACAGUUGACACAAAUCUCAGGUGGAAUGCUAAAAGACAUAGCCGAAAUCACCGGAUUAUGUAAAACUUGUGACGCAAGCUUAAUUUUCGGAAAAGGAUUUAUACACUCGUUUGCCGGCAGACUGGAAACUACAUUUGGAAAUAUAGGAAACAACGUUACGAACAUCAUUGAUCGCGUUGGUACUGGUUUACAAGGAUGGCAAAAAAUGGUUGACGUUGCGAAAGGUAUAUCUGGUCAUUUUAAGGGCUUGAGUAAAGGAGGAAUAACAAGAGACACAUUUGAUAAAGCCUCUGCUGCGUUGUUAAAGUCGUCAGUUGAUGUAAACCAAUUCACGAAUGGAACUUCUGAUAUUUUUAAGGCACUUUUUAAUGGCGACGAAGAUAUGAAAUACCUGCAAAAUAACUUUGAAAGUUUGGUACAUCAAGUCAGUGGUGUUUUUAACAAAAGUUCGGUCGUAUUGCCUAAAGUUGGAGAUGUCUUUGAGUCGGUGCAGCAAGUCAAAACUAUUUUCGGCGAAAUUCAAGAUAAUUUAGACGAUGUACAGGAAGGUCCAGUUGAGUCAAGAAUCACAGUGCUUAGGAAGAUAGCAAAAGGUAUUAAUGGCAUCGGUAAGACUCUGCCUAUUAUUUUUAGCCAAUCAGCGGACGUAUUACCGUCUCUGGGUAUCGACUCAUCCUGGUUUAGACGUGUCACUAAAGGAAUGGUGAAUGUAUCGAACAGUUUGUCUGAUGUGGUCAAUAAAACAGACACUGUUCUUCAAGGGGCAGGCAUUGUGAUGAAAGAUGUUAGAAGCAUCCAGGGCUUGGCCAACAGUAUAGGUGAAGAUUAUCACAGGAUUUUAAGAGCGCCAUGGAAACAGAAAUUCAAUAUUUUCAACGAGGCUUUGGGUAAGGUGGAUAAAAUUUUGGACAAUACAGACAGUAUCUCAAAUACUAUCGAGGACACGUUGAAAAAGGUUUUAAGCUUUGAUCGCGAUUUAAGUGGAAGUCUCGGCAAAAUUACCAAUAAAGUUUCCGGUAUGAUUGGCAACUUGACGAAUGCAGUAAAGAAAGUUGCCGUCAUAUAUGGAGAUAUUACAACGACCAUUGACGACAUAAAAUCAGGGCCCAUUCAAAAAAUUGGAAAACUAACUGACGAUACAAAGGACUUCGUAAAAUCGCUGAAAAAUUACGAUUUAGGUGAAAUUUUAGUUUUGGCGCCAAGAUUUGCGAAAGAGAAAAUUGGCGACCUGAAGGAUAUUGUAUCGCAAUCAGGCAGCAUUUUAAAGAAUAUUAGUCACCUAGUAAAUAAACACUGCAAGUCCUGCAACUUCGAUGUAAUUUUUGGAACUGGUUUUGUUUCCAGUAUCUCCAAACAAAUUACAGGCAAUUUGGAAAACAUCACUAGGAAAGUGGAGACUGUUCUUGAUAAGGUUGAGACGGUAUCCACCAGUGUCGUCAGCAUUGUCAGUUCAGUGAAAGGCAUCAAAAGUCAAGUUAACAGGUUAAAGAAAAUAGAUUUUGAUCAGGAUGGCUUUCAAACGAUAUCCUCUGUUUUGCAUUCGUCAUCUGAUCUCCUGGAAUCGAUACGAAACGAUAGUUCGGACGUUUUUAGUGUUUUAUUUAACGAUGAUCAGGAGCUUUUAAAGCUCACAGGACAGUACCAGGGCUUCAUAACGCAAAUGAGUGGCUUCUUAGAAAAGGCGGGAAAUUUCAGCGAAGAUAUUGCAGACGCGUUUGGGAGAUUUGAAAAGAUAAAAAGCGCAUUCAAUAAAACAAAAGCUAGCUUUAGAAAUCUCGCGUCCGGCCCUCUCGAGAGUCGAGUUGCAGCUGUUAAAGAUAUCGCAGACGGGGUUAACGCCAUAAUGAAGGGAUUUCCCGAAAUUAUAAAAAAUCUCCCGAUGUCUCCGAGAUGGUUGCGUUCGUUUGGAACUAAACUGGAAGGAAUCACUGAGGGAAUCUCGAAAGUGAUGAACAAGACCAAAGAUAUCGCAUCUGGAAUAGGCGAGACGAUCGAAGGCGUGACUAAUGUCAAAGAUACGGCCUUGAUUAUUGGAAAUGAAUUUAAGAAGCUAGUUGGUUCCGGAUCGAUUGGUAGUAAAAUUCGAACAGCCGUUAAUAUCGUUAACAAAAUAAAAACGUUGACUGGACAGAUCAAUACGGUGGCAAGUAAUGCGAGCAACGUAUUUAAAUCUUUAACUGGGAAAACAUUGCUAAAAACCGAUUUGUUGGGUGACAAAACAAAUGAAUUAUUAGAGAAGAUCAGCAAUGGAUUGGGUACAGUAGCCGAUCGUUAUGAAAAGUUCCAUAAACUUUCUAAGACGAUUUCGGAAGCGUUUGAUAAAAUUGAGGAUGAUCCGUUAAAGUUCGCGCUGGAAGAUCUACCAAAAAUUUUCAAUCAAUCUAGUAAUUUUAUUAGUCUAAUUUUUAACGAUGUUAAAGGUUUAGCUUCUAAACUCGGUGUUGAGUUAGGAAAAUUUGAUCUGGAUAAAAGGUUAGUCCAAUCAGCAAAACAAUUUUACAACUUUGCGCAAACAGCUCUAGGUGCCAUUGGUAGCGGGAAGACGUUAGUGAAUGACUUCAAAGCAUUAAUAAACAGUAAAGAUUUCAAAUCUGCCAUGUUAAACUUUAAAAAGGUCCUCGACUCCGGGAGUAAUUUCAUAGAGAGUGUGGAUAAGCUUGGUAAGACGUUGUUCGACAACUGGGAAAACAUAAAAGGGUCAUUUACAAAAACUCUUGGUAAAAUUACUUCAUCUUUGGGCAUCGAUCUCAAGAAAAUGGGUAGCUAUCUCCAAAAAGGUUUGAAGGUGGGCGGACACGCCCUGAGCAUUUGGUCAAAUAUUGAGCAGCUUUUAAACAUAAAAGAAUUUAACGCUGAGACUGUCUUGCAUGCAGCGAACAGCGUGAUAAAUAUCGCAAACUCGGGUGUUAAAAUCCUAAACGAAUUUGGAUUUAAUAUAGCGACAAAAGGUUUUGAAAACGUUGCGCAAGUAAUGGGCGUGGUCACAAGUGUAGUGCAGUUGUAUCAAGGCAUAAAAGGAUUCGUUGACUGGGUGAAUGAUGCGUGUGAUAUCACCUAUAAAACCGUGGUCAUUCCGAAAAAUAUAACAUAUUUGUGCUUAUUGGAUAAGGUGCAUAUUGAAAGUUUGAAAGUGCCUGUUGAAAAAUGCGAGUACAUUCAAAAAUCUGUAAUCAGUGGAUAUCACGAGGGAAAAUUAUGUUGUCUUAAAAGCGAGUGUGUUUACAUGCAGCAAGUUGCAUGUUUGAACGACAACGAGAACUGCUGGAAACUAAAAAAAGAGUUAUCCAAUACUUUGCCGAACAUUCAGAAGCAGAUGAUUGUGACUUAUCAAAAUUAUAACAACGCUUCUGGUGUGUUAAAAGCCAGGGAGAAAGAUGUCCAAAUAGCGGAAAUCCAGCUACGCCGUUCACAGCUAACACUUAAUAUCUCUCUUGCUGAAAAAUUAAGAAGCUCUCGCACGCACCAGAAGGCUGUUAAAUCGCACAUCAUUAUGGGUAAGCAAUGGAAGAUGAUCUCACGUAUGGUACAUCGCAAUAAAUCCGUUAUAAAUAUUAAGAAAGUUGAAUUUGACGUCACAGCGUAUCAUCCAGAAAUGAAACUUCUACCCGUACGAAUUAGAAUGGUGGACGAGAAAAAUUUAGCCAGUCAACUCGAUAUCGCCGUCGAUUUCGAAAAAGAAACUGCAUCCUUUACAAACGUCGUGCACAUGAUUGUCGCUAGUUAUGUCGACUACAUACCACUUACAAAACGGCGUCGUCGGUCUCUUUCUCAAAGUGCCGUCAAUAUUGGAGAGGAAAAAGACGCGAAACAUUGGGCGUCAGUGUGUAUAAACUAUAAAGAAGAGUUCGUCACACUCAUGAACAUAAUGGAAGAGCUCGAAAGUAGCGUGAAAGCAGCAACUGAUAAUGGCAACGUCAACCUGCCUAUCGGUAAUUCGGUUCCUAGUAGUUUCACAGAAUCUGAAGCUACUGAAAAAUUACAGAAAGAAUUAAUGAAUCUUGACGCAGCUUCGAAGGAGAAUAUCAAUGAAGUAAUUGAGCGUUGGCAGAAAACAAGCGAAGUGGUUUUGGGCGAUGACAUUGGCUCCGUGUGUGUUGGAUUUAUUGAUUGCUUUGAAGCGCAAAUAAACAACUUGACGGUUCUUUACGAGCCUGAGAUGAAAGGCUACCAUGUUGCCAUAACAACCUUAAAACAACUUCAACAAACUGUGUUGUCAUUCAUUAAAAAUUCGAAGAUGAAAAAAUUACAUGCAAUAAACGUAGUUAAAAAUAUCCUUAAUCUAUUAAAUCUUCUUGACAAAAACACUUAUUUUUGUGACGAAGCACCAACAUUGGAAACAAAAAUGCCCCUGUCUGCCGUGGCUUAUCUUGGAGAGGACUUUGAAUUAACAUGUACAAUUGACGGACCCGCUAAAAUGGAAUAUCAAUGGCGAAGAAAUGGAACUUUGCUUCCAAAACAGAAUUCAUGGAAAUUACAAUUGGAAGAUGUUUCUAUUGAAGACCAAGGAUCGUAUGUGUGCGGAGGUAAGACAUUGACAACCUUAGUAACAUCAAAUCGUGUUCUGGUACGCGUUUUUAACAGAUUAAAGUUAAACGCACAUCCGAUAGACCAUGCGUUGGAGUAUCCAGGAGGGAAACCGGUUAUGUUUUAUUGCAAUGGUACAGCCGAACCUCAAGCGUUUUACAAAUGGUGGUUUCAACCCUACUCAGCAAGUAAAGCCGUGGUGUUGGCACAGUCUAGCAUUUUGAAGAUUUCACGAGCAUUAAUAAAGAAUACUGGUCAAUACUGGUGCGAACUUUCAAAUGGAUAUACCUCUAUUUACAGUAGAAAGGCUAAGCUUGAUAUUGUCAGAGUUUACAAACGCAAAGAAGCUGUUCGACUGCGUUUUGAUAUCCUCUCACAUACUGAAGAUACUUCUUGCAAUCUACCACAGACCGAUAAUUCAGCAAGUGUGACCACAGCUAUUCAAUCAUUGUUGAAAAUGAAACUUGGUUUAACGGAAAGUGCUAUAAAGUUGAAGUAUAAAAAUAACGGCACCGAAAGUAACAAAGCCGGAUUGACUGUGGAUGUUAGCAUGUCGCAAGAUAAAAGUACGGCACAUGAUAGUGUCAAUUUUGCAUUAUCAGUGGCGAGUGAAAGAUCUUUGCUCCAGACGAAAGUCUCUGCUGUCAUCGAUGAUAUGAAGGAAAACAAAGGCUUAACCGUGAAAUGGAAAGAAUGUCGCCUUACUGUAGAAACACUGAGAUUUUCGAUUGAUUGGCAAGUUGGGGAACUUAGCUGCCCGGUUGGGAUGGGCCCGAGUGAAGACAAGGUCAAAUGCGUUCAAUGCUCGCCUGGCAGUUAUGAUGACGGAAAAGGAAGCUGUUCUCUUUGUCCUGUUGGAACGUACCAGCCAUUGGCUAGUCAAACUACGUGUUUACCAUGCGGUGAUGGCUUACUCACGCUUAAAGGUGGCACCCCGAAUCGUGCAGAAUGUCAAAAAGUCGAUUUUACAUGUGACAAACCAUUGCAUAUUCUCCUGGUAGUGGACUCAUCCGCAGCUGUUUCACGAUCAAUUUGGCCCAAAAUAAAAGACUUCUUGGUAAAAUUCACCAAUCAUCUACGACUUUCAGACGAAGGAGUGCAGGUUUCUCUUGCAUCAUUUGGUGAUAAAGCCAAAGUAGAAGUAACACGCGACAGCUUUGAUAACGUCACACAACUUCACGAAUUCAUAUCAAACCUACCCAAAGUUGGCGGUGAAUAUCGACUCGAUCUCGCGUUUGAACUUGCUGAUAAAUUAACUGCAACUGUUGGGCAAUCAAGACAAAAUCACGCUGUGUUGUUUGUAACUGAAGCAAGUGAUGAGGAAUAUAACAAAGUGGUUGUAAAUGAAAGAGCAAAAGCGAUGAAGUUAAGAGGCGUUGAUAUUUCCACAAUGCUUUUGUUGAAGGGAUCCAUCUUUGGUGUAGACCAAUACACAUCUGUAGUUUCUCAACCUAUCUCAAAGCAUUUCUUUAUUGUCAAACAAAAUCAAGAGCUUUCAAGAUGGUCGACUGUCGCAUCAAGAGCAGUUUGCCGAAACGUAUUUUAAUGUGAUAACCAAUAAAUAAGUAAAUAAUGUUGUAA